AUGCAGAUCGUACGAAAAGCCGUAUAUACUCCUUACGAGAACGAGAGUGGGAGGGUUUGGCUCAAAUUUGGAGGACGCACCAUCAACUUUAUUAUGACCAACGAGAAGCAAGAUAAGAAUAAUGCCAUUCCAGGCUCAGAGCCACUUAAAGGGCCAUUCAAAAAGAGCUUGUGGGCUGGAUUUGGCACGAAGAAAUUCAAGCAGGAGAAAGUAGAAGACAAGGAAGAUACGCACAAAAUGAGCGAGAUGGAUGAUAAAGGCCUUGAUAUGAAGUGA